AUGAAGGCCAAAAAAAUUGAUGAUGUCGUGUUUCCCAUAUAUUUCAAGGCAGCAAAGGCUUACCGUAUUUCAGAUUUUGAACAUCUAAUGACACAGAUCCGUGGUUUUGAAGGUGGCAAGGCAUAUAAAUAUCUAGAGGAUUCCGGAUUCGAUAAGUGGUCUCGUGCACAUUUUCCCGGAUAUAGGUACAGUAUACUCACUACCAACAUUGCAGAAAGUAUGAAUGCUGCACUACGUGAUGUGCGGGGUCUUCCAAUAACAACGUUGGUUGAGCAAUUGAGAUCCUUAAUUCAAAGGUGGUUUCAUGAGCGUCGUACAAAAGCGGCAUCCAUAACGUCCCAAUUGUGCAAGAAGGUUGAGAAAAAAAUGACAAAGCGGAAUGAAAGGGCUUUACGUAUGUUGGUUGAACCAAUAAGUCAUAUCGAGUUCUAUGUACGAGAUGGCUUCGGAGAUGGCAAGGUGAACUUUCCUGACAGAACAUGCACGUGCAGGAAGUUUCAAAUGCAACAAUUGCAGUGCGUUCAUGCAUUGGCUGCUUGCCGAUUUAGAAAUGUCACUGUACAUUCUUUGUGUUCACGGUAUUACACCAAUGAAGCUAUUAUGGUGGCUUAUGCAGAACCAAUAUACACAGUAUCUCUUGAAAAUCAACGCAUAGCAAGCCGAGAUAGAGUUUUAUUACCGCCAGAUACAAGAAGAUCGGGAGGGAGACCAAGAGAGCGAAGAAUACCAUCAGCUGGUGAAACAGUGGCAGUUAGACUUUGUGGACGAUGUAAGCAACGUGGACAUAAUCGUCAAACUUGCAAGGAGUCAAUAUCGUUGCAUCCAACAUGA